AUGGCCUCGAGAUCAGCUGCUCGCUUAUCUACGGAAAGCGCCGCUGCGCGGACUGAAAGGUUGGCUUCAACGGCUUCAACCAUGUCCGCACGCCGCGCCAGGCUUUCAGUUGAAGAAUCACUUCAGAAUUCACAGGGCACAGUCUGCGUGGCAAGGUUGAGGGCUUCACAGUCCCCAGCACAGAAAACCCUUCGUCAUUUGCGGGAUUCCACCGCCAAAGCUUGCUCCAGGGAAAGCCCCGCACAGACCACUGUUCGUCGCGAUAUAAAUGUCCGCUCCACCGCAUCUGCUAAAGCCCUAGAGAGCCCUGCACAGACCAGUGUUCGUCGCGUUAGAAAUGCCCGCUCUACUGCAUCUGCUAGAGCCCUGCACAAAUCACUGUUCGUCGCGUUAGAAAUGCCCGCUCUACUGCGUCUUCCAGGGCUGCAGAAAACUCUGAAGUACGCCGUCAACUGCUCGAAAACAUUAGCAACUUCGAGCUUCUUUGAAUGGCGUAACUUCGCCGGAGAGCCACCUCAGUUCCUACAAAUUUAUUCUCUCGCUGACUACAACGAGCAGGUUGAUGCGCGUCUCGGCAUUCUACCUAGCGAUAUUUCCGUCGGUCCCCGUAGAGACAUUCUGUUCCGUCUACAAGACAUGCUUCACGAAACUAACAGUUACAUCCGAAGCUUAAAUUUUGCCGCAUCAGUGAAACCCACCGUUCAUACGACUGUCUCCAGUACCCCCUUCUUUUUCCAUACGGAAGCGAUGGGUACCACUUCAAAAUCCUAA